GUGUGCAUGAAGAGAACGAACGUUCAGAGACGUUCAGAGUCUAGAGAAUUCGGGAGGACUGGAGUGGUCGGACCCAAUGAUGACGGGCGCUGUCCUGCGCCUCUCUCAUGAAUCAGGCGCGUCCCAGUGCACGUCCUUCGCCAUGUACGAGGCGUGGCUGCGUCCCCGCCCUACGUUCGCUUCCUUUCUUCUCGUAUGUGCGAUUCUCCGGGACCAACCCCUCCCUCCCUCCGACGUCGAAUAUAAAAUGUCUACAGAGACAACGGAGAGAGCAUUCAUUACGCACUCUCUGCCGUUUCUUGCCUACUGUCUUCAUUCGACAAUCUGAGAAAUCUCUUCCUCUCCCCCUCGUCGCGCUUGUGUUUCGAUUUUAAAAAACUGCAAGUAAACCGAAAUGGCCGCCGUCGCUGCAAUGAUGGCUUCUACCGGCACGUCGCACGCGCUCCGCAUGAGGCCUGCUUCCUUCGCCUUGUCCACCGCUUCUCGAUGCCCUGCUCUCAGCACCAGGAGAUUCGUUCAAAUCAGGUGUAUGGCAGAACCCGAGAAAGCACCUGACGCACCCGCCUCAGUUACUCCCCCUGCAUCUCCUUCAGCAUCUUCGCCUACUCCAGCUGCAUCAACUGUAACCCCUAUCGCCAGCAAGCCCAAUGUGACUUCCAAGCCCAAGCAGGUGAGCACCAAGUUCGAAGACAUUUUCGCGUUUUCUGGACCUGCACCUGAACUGAUCAACGGAAGGCUUGCGAUGUUGGGAUUCGUCGGCGCGUUGGCAGUAGAACUGGGAACUGGCAUCAGUUUCACUGACCAACUCCAGAAUGGCGGACUUGGUUUGGGCGCUUUCGUGGCAGUUCUAUUCACUGCCGCCUCCCUGAUUCCCAUGUUCCAAGGCGUGACCGCCGAAAGUAAGUCCAAGAGCUUCUGGUCGUCUCAAGCCGAGAAAGUGAACGGACGAUUAGCAAUGGUUGGCCUGGUAGCACUUGCCAUCACCGAGUUUGUGAACGGCAGUCCUCUUGUGUAAGGGCUCUCCGAGAUAGGAAUUCCCUCGAUUUUGGAAUUGCUCUUUAGUUAGGUAGCACAGACUAGAUCAAGCCCCAAAAUGUAGAGGAUAAAAUAGCUUUUGCAGUACUAAAUCAUAUCAUUAGCUUGUAAUAUACAUUUUGUACUGUGUAAGAUACAGGAAUUUUUCCCCAUAAUACGAAAUUUUAUCUGCGUGGAACCUUCUUCAAUAAAAACGAGACAUUUGAUGGCAUUUUCAACGG